AUGAAAAUACCAAAUAUGAAAAAAAACACCCAAAUUGUGCUCAAAGAUGCGUCUUCGGAUCUUCAAAGAGUAUGUGAAUUAAAGACGGGAAUGUCGAAGAAUUAUCAAGAAAUUCUAAAUGAUUUAAAUGAAUUACUUAAAUCCUCGCCA